AUGAGCUAUACGCCGGCGCCAUCGCCGCUGCCGCCGUUCGAGGCGCUGCACGAGACUGGCAGCUGCCACGCCCACCACGAUCCCGUCACGCUCUCUCUGUCGGUCUUUCUCUGCGUCGGUCUCGUUGUCUCGUACCUGCCCCAGCUCCUCCGCAUCAUCCUCAACCGCACCUCGCAGGGCUUCUCGCCCUGGUUCCUCCUGCUCGGUGCCACCUCGAGCGCAUCCAGCUUCCUCAACGUCGUGGCCCUCCAGUGGAAUGUCGUACGCUGCUGUUCGGUCCUGUCCGGCGGCCAGUGCGCGGAGAGCCUGCUCGGCAUCGCUCAGGUCGGCCUCCAGUGGCUCCUGUUCAACUCGGUGUUCGUGCUGUACCUGAUGUACUAUCCCAAGGAGCUGCGCUACGAGCAGGCCAUUGCACUGCCCGUCUCGGCCCAGGAAGAUGCCGAAGCAGAGCAGGCUCGCGCCCGUGCACGCCGCGCCGCUCGCAAGGUGGCAGCGAAGCGGAUGGGCCAGUCGACUGACGAGCGCACCCAGCUGCUCGACGCGCCAUCCGCCAGCAUCCGACGCAAAGGCAAGCGGUCAGGCAAGUCGACCGACGAAGACGUCUCGUCCGGCUCGGAAAACUCUGACCUCGACUCGGUCGACAGCCACAUUGCUCAGAACUACAGCACCCUCAAUGUACCCGACAACGGCGGCAACGACACCAGCUCCGACGAGGGCGAGAGGGACGCCGACGAGGCUGCGGUCGACGUCGCCGAUGCUUCCGCCUUCCACAGCGACGGUUCGGCCUUCCGCAGGGAGACGAGCAGCAGCGCCUUCUCCCGCUUUGCGCCUGCAUUCUGGCCGAUGUGGAAGGCGCCCGCCUCGGGCCGCGGCGGCAUGGAUGCGAUUGAGGAAGGUCGGGUCUCUGACCCAGCGCAGAAACGCCAACGCCACCAGGAGCUCCUCGCCGGCGCACCCCGCGGCCUGCGACGCAUCGAUACCGAGAGGAGGAACCGCCUCGCUGCUCGGCGUGUGCCCAAGACUCGGCAGCGCAAGACCGAGGAGUGGGGGCUCGCCGUGGCCCUGGCGUGGGUUGUGUUGAUCCACUUUGUCUUUAUCGCCUCGAUGACGCUGCUGCUCGUCACAUCGCUGCCGACCAACUCGUUCCCGCCGCCGGAAGAGGUGUCGAUCUUCAGCAGCGGCAGCAGCCUCGUGGCAGCGACGACGUCGCACCACGGGUCGAUGGCGCACGCCUUUGGACCUUCGUCGCGGCUGCUCGUAUCGAGGUGGGCCGUCUUCCUCGGCACCUCGGCCGUGGUGCUCGCCAUGGGGCAGUACCUGCCCCAGAUCAUCUAUACUGCGCGCACGCAGCUGGUGGGCAGCCUGAGCAUCCCGAUGAUGUGCCUCCAGGUGCCCGGCAGCGCCAUCUUUGUCUACUCGCUCGCGCUUCAACCAGGCACGGGCUGGUCGUCGCUGGCAGCCUUCAUUCUCACCGGCUUCUUCCAGCUGGUGCUCCUCGUCCUGUGCGUUGCGUGGAGGAUCCGCCAGCACCGCGCGGGCAUCGACGACUUCGGCCGUCCCCUCACCAUGGUCUCGCUCUAG